AUGCCGUGUUUCAAAGGUGUCGCUGUGAGCAUACACACUCCCGAAGGGCCCCUCUCAGAGCAUGGCGUCCAGAGUCUGACGCGCUUUGGUCGCAUCAACACCUACAUCCCCGUCCCUCCACCUACUGUUCCGCCAAACUCAACAACUGGCCAGCCCCAGCAGUCGACCUUUGCUGUCUCCAUCACUCUUCUCACACCGGGCUUGAAGGUCCCCUACUCAACUCCCCGCUCCACACCUUCAAAUCCCAACCCCAAGGGUGUCUAUGUCGGUCCUCAGAAUGCUGGCAUGAGCAGAGGUCUCCCUAGAAAGGAGCCUGCGCCCAUCGAUCCCGAGACUGGCAAACCUCAAGUUCUCAUCCCGCCUUAUCAGCCCCGCACUUCGUCACCCAACGAGACUAUUGCCGCAUACAUCUACUUCGACGGCCGACAAAAAGAGGAGGUUGCCACGUUACUCCGCAAGGGUGAAGAGACUUGGGUCAACUCAAGAUGGGUCAGCAUACCUGACAGCGAAGGAGGUGGCCUGGCUGAGCGAGAGUUUCUCUUCCGCGAGGUUGGCCUAGAGCGCUGGCUCAACGGACUGGACCUAACGAGCACUGAUAAGGAAGCCAAAGCCGCUCUGAUUGACAGGCGCAGAAAGAAAUUUGAGAAGAUGCGCCAGCGUGAAGAGAAGAAGAGGGAGAUCAAGAGAGAGGACAGCGAUGAUGAGGACGACAUGGACAAGCCCCGCUACGAUCGUAACACGGUCUUGCGCUAUGGCGAAGACAAUGGCGCUCCCACCGAGGCCAUCAUGCAGGACGACGAUAUGUCUGACUCUGAUUCGGAUUCUGACAUGCCCGAGAGUGAAGCUGCCGGCCAAAUCAAGGUUGUCCUCUUCCGUGUUCUUGCUUCCGGUGAGAUCAAGCGUGGAGAGUACUCACCACAAUUUGACGUCCACGAUGAUGAAGGUGCCAAUAACGACGGCGCUGAAGAUGAGGAUGUCGACCACACUACCGGCCUUGACAAGCCCAAGACGCUUGACCCUAAGAGUAUCAGCACCCAGACUGUCACAGGCAUCGAUCCUCCGGAUAGUCCUUUUGCUACCUUUACCUUCUACUACCGCAGCCCUAAACAACUCGAGAAGAUGGGCGUCAUUGCACCUAGCCGCAAGAGCUCAUCGACCGUCACGAGAAAGCGUAGCACCGAUUUCUCAAAACUCGGUCCGCUGAAGAAUCAAGGCACCAAGGGUUUCUCAAGCUACCGCGACCCUGCUGCGCGCUCUAAUCGCAAAGGCUCGAAGAAUGCCGAUGCCAUGGACAGUGAUGAGGAUGACGAGGAGCCUGGUGCUCGUGACGAUAUGGAUGAUGUCGACGUCAAGGACGAAAACGGCAACCCAUUGAUCUUGACCGAAGAAGACCGCCAGCGUCAGGAAGAGAUGGCAGAGGGUGUGCGCCACAUCAAGCUCAAGCGCCAGCACUCGGGCGAGUUCAACAACCCUACACCAAGCAAAUCACCCCACAUUGGUGCUUCGAUGGCACACAUCACCGACACCUCGACUUCGCCCAGUGACAAGGCUAGC